CCCCACACGCGCCUAGAGCACUCUAACUUGGUGAGUGCGGAGUGGCGGCCAAAACACGCAAAACGCUGCGGCGAAGAAAGAACGCACUCGUGAGGGGCGGAAGCUCAGCUCGAGCGGCCGCGGUCGAUGCUCCGGACGCCGCUUUGUUCCAUCCGACGAGGUGCUGACAGAAGAGCGCACCCGAAGCCUGCCUGCCGCCCGAGCCGACAUGUCCACUGAGGCAUCGCCAUGACUUCUCACAACAACUCCGCCGACAUUUCCCUCCUUCCUCCUCCUCCUCCUCCUCCUCCCCCUCCUCCUCCACCACUGCCCUCCUCCUUACCGCCAACCCCCCAUCUCAACUCCUCGCCGGCCCUGGCCUCCGCCACCCCCUCGUACGUCCCGCCGUCCUUGGCCGGCAAUUGCAGCGGAGGAGCGUCCUCGCCCUCCUCGCCGCCGUACAACUUCUACGCCGUGCUGCUCGUGCUGCUCAUCUUCUGCGUGGUGUUCGGCAACGUGCUGGUGUGCGUGGCCGUGUCGCGGGAAAGAGCCCUGCAGACCACCACCAACUACCUCAUUGUUUCCCUGGCUGUGUCCGACCUGCUACUGGCCACCCUGGUCAUGCCUUGGGGGGUCUACCUGGAGGUGGUGGGCGAGUGGCGCUUCAGCCUGAUCCACUGCGACGUCCUGCUGACGCUCGACGUGAUGAUGUGCACCGCUAGCAUCCUCAACCUGUGUGCCAUCAGCAUCGACAGGUACACGGCGGUGGCCAUGCCCUUGUUGUACAACACGCGCUACAGCUCCAGGAGGAGGGUGGCGCUGAUGAUCGCCGCCGUUUGGUUCCUAUCUUUCGCCAUCUCCUGCCCGCUGCUCUUCGGACUCAACAACACCGCGGAUCGCGAAGGCACCACGUGCAGCUUCGCCGACCCGGCCUUCGUGGUGUACUCGUCGGUGGCGUCCUUCUACGUGCCCUUCAUCGUCACCCUGCUGGUGUACGCUCAGAUCUGCGUGGUCCUGCGCAGGCGCGGCCGACGCAUGGCGCGCCCCCGGGGGCGCGGCGGCGGGCCCGAGGAGCCGCGGCGGCACAGGAAGUCAUGGCCGUGAUGUGUCUUUGGACACCAAAAUGGAGAGCGCCUUGUUGUUAGCGAGCAGGCUAACCAUGAUGGUUCGCUAAAUCCCUCCGAGAAGGACGAC